GCUGGCAGCUGCAUCUGCACAGCUGAGAACACCUGGAUCUUGUUCACACUCAGCCAGAGGAAAACCCCUGGAUGGCUGUCUCCUGUCUGAUUGCCUUCUCCCCGUGCCCCAACAGGAGAGCAGGACUCUGACUCAGCUUGGAAGGAGCUGCAGGAGGGUGAAGCCACACCUCCUCCCAGCCUGACUUGGACGGGUGAGCUGAAGAGACAUCUCCGAGACCCUGCUGCUGCCAUCAUGAGCUCCACAGACCUCGUUUACUGCUCAGAGAGUGAAACUGUUUUUAAAGUUGUUGUUGAGCGUUCCCAGGUCACACAACAGAAACUGAAGGUCGUACUCCAAUAUACGAAGAAAUUUGUAGCUACUGCCAGUUUACCCAGGAAGGAGGCAAAGGCACUACAUGAAUAUCUGAACAGCCUGAAAACAAACAUGAGUGGGAAGGACCCAUGCACACUCCAACAAGACCAGCUGGACAGAAAGACGUUUUUGGAGGAGUUUCCUGAGAUGAAACAGGACCUGGAGGAAGACACAGAAAAGAUCCGUGCUUUUGCAGACAAAGUUGACAAGGUGCACAAGGACUGCACAAUCUCCAAGGUGGUGGCCCACUCCACUGGCGCUGUGUCUGGCAUCCUCAGCAUCGUUGGCCUGGCUCUGGCACCUCUGACAAUGGGGGCCACUCUGCCUCUCUUGGCCACUGGGUUAGGGCUCGGCAUAGCGUCUACUGUGACCAGUGUGUCCACCAGCAUCGUGGAACACGUAAACACAUCAUCAGCAGAAACCAAAACCAUUCAACUGCUGUCCCGUGACAGAAAGAGAUGGAAGGUAAUCAAAGAUAUACUCCUUAACAGGAAACUUCAAAUUAUUUCUGCAACGAGGUCAUUCAUCAGUGUCCUACAAACCAUUGAGAAGAAUUUCCAAUUUAUCAGGGUGAUAGAAGGCAGCCCUGCCUUAGCAGCCAAAGUCAAGUUCUUCAUAACCAAUGGGAAAACCUUCAUUCAUGGCAGCGUUCAGGUGCCAAAAACUUUUGGCGGCAUAGCUUCAACAAUGGCAAAAGGAGUCCGUAUCACUGGCAUAGUCAUGUCAUGUAUCGGCCUUGUGAUAGAUGUGGGCUUCCUGGUGAAAGAGUCAAUACAUUUACAUGAUGGAGCAAAGACAGAGUCAGCUGAAAAGCUGAGGCAGCGGGCCCAGGAGUUGGAAAGCAUAUUGGAGCUACUCACUGAGAUCCAUGAGAAUCCGGCAGGAGGGCUUGAUUCUCUCAACCCCAGAGGAGUGCAGGGACCAGGGACAUUUGCUGAGUGUCUCAGAGGCAGAUUGUUAGAGGGGAAAAGGAGGGGAGACAGCAUUGAUGGUCCUGGGUGUUAGGAAUUUGGCAUUUCUGGAGCUGAGCACAGCAAGGGAGAGAUGGAUGCAGGUGGCAGAUGAGGGCAAAGAAAGAGCCUGGAGCCCGGACUAAGGGAGGAAGGGGGCUAAAGAGUGAGGGCAGGGGAGAAACCACUUAUUUUGGAUUAAAGAACACACUGGGGGUAGAAUAAAGGGAAAGGCAGGUGGAACUAGCUGUGGAAGGCCAGGAAUACGAAAGGUUUGAAAAUGAGGGAAAGUCAGAGUGAGGACUGUUGGGAUAUAGGAGAAGUAGCUGGGGCUCCUCUAUCGCCCUCCUCAGGGUGUGAUGUCCCAGCGAGAAGAGUCUGCCACUGGUGGUGUUCUCCAGCCCUGUGUCUCCAGCAUCAGCUCAGCUUCGAUCCCAGCAGGUUUUUAUUAAUUAGGCAGGGACUUCAUUGUUUGUUUGUUUGUUUUUAUCGAAGUGUAGUUGGCUUACAGUAUUGUGUGGGUUUCUGGUGUACAGCCAAAUGUAUUGAUGACACAUGUAGUUUUGUGUGCUAUACAGUAAAGCCUUAUUAUUUGUCUAUUUUAGGUAUGGUGGUGGGCAUCUAUUAAUCACAUAUCCCUAUUUACCCUUCCUCCCCUUUCCUCUUUUGUACCAUAACUUUGUUUUCUUUGUCUGUGAGGCUGUUUCUGAUUUGUAAAUAAGUUCAUUUGUACUACUUUUUAGAUUCCACCUAUAAAUGAGACCAUACAAUAUUUGUCUUUCUCUGACUGACUUACUUCAUUUACAAUAAUCUCUAUGUCAAUCCAAGCAGAAAAUACAGCAUUGUUUUAUGCUUGUAUGGCUGGGUACUAUUCCAGUUAUUUCGCAUCUCUUUUUUUCUAUUGAUGGACACUUAGGUUGCUUCUAUGCUAUUAUAAAGACUGCUGCUAUGAACAUUGGCGUGCAUGUUACUUUUUGAUUAGAGCUUCUGUCUUUUCCAGAAGUGCUGACUCAUACAAUAACCCUAUAUUUAGUUUUUUAAGGAAACUCCAUGCUUUUCCACGGGCUUCCCAGGUGACUCAGUGGUAAAGAAUCCACCUGCCAAUACAAGAGACGUGUGUUCGAUUCCUGGGUUGGCAAGAUCCCUGGAGAAGGA